AAACAUAGAUGUCAUGGAAAGACAAGUAGACUGGACCCUAAAUCAGAACGAAGAGGGAUGGCAGAAGAAGCCGAGCAUGAAAGGCUUGAAGGGUUUUUAGAAUGGGCAGCCGAGCUUGGAAUUUCAGAUUCACCCUACAAUUUCCAAUCUCGGAAUCCAAACUCCUGUUUCGGCAAUUCUCUCACUCUCUCUCAUUUCCCUGAUGCAGGAGGAAGAGGCUUAGGUGCUGCUCGUGAUCUUUGGAAAGGGGAGUUGGUUCUUAGAGUCCCAAAACCUGCCUUACUAACAAGGGACAGUUUAUUGAAAGAUGGGUUACUCUCCUCUUUUGUCAAUGGUCAUCCCUCUCUUUCUCCUACACAGAUACUGACUGUGUGUUUAUUAUAUGAAAUGGGUAAAGGAAAGAGUUCUUUUUGGUACCCAUAUUUGAUGCAUUUGCCCCGCAGUUAUGAGACAUUAGCUACUUUCAGUGAGUUCGAAAAGCAAGCUUUUCAAGUGGAUGAUGCUGUCUGGACAACAGAAAAGGCCAUAUCGAAGGCUGAAUCAGAAUGGAAAGAGGCUAAUUUGUUAAUGCAAGAGCUUAAGCUUAAGCCUCGAUUUCUUACCCUUAGGGCGUGGAUUUGGGCUUCUGCAACUAUAUCUUCGCGGACGUUACAUAUACCAUGGGAUGAGGCUGGAUGCUUAUGUCCUGUUGGAGACUUAUUCAAUUAUGCUGCUCCUGGGGAGGAGUCAACUGGCCUUGAAAGCGCUGAGAGUUGCAUGCUCAAUUCUUCCCCGCAAGGUAGUUUGUCAUGUGGACAUCCUACGGAUUACUUAUAUGAGGGGAGAUUUGAUGCUCAUUUGCAGAGGUUAACAGAUGGUGGGUUUGAUGAAGACCUUGAUGCAUAUUGCUUCUAUGCUAGGAAAAAUUAUAAAAAAGGGGAGCAGGUUCUCUUAAGCUAUGGAACAUACACAAAUUUGGAGCUUCUUGAACACUAUGGGUUUGUUUUAGACGAAAAUCCAAAUGACAAGGUUUUUAUUCCGUUGGAACCCAGCAUGUAUUCUUCAAAUUCAUGGCCAAAGGAAUCAAUGUACAUACAUCAAGACGGAAAACCAUCUUUUGCUUUAUUAUCUGCUUUGCGGUUAUGGGCAACCCCUCCGAAUCAGCGGAGAUCUGUAGGCCACCUUGCUUAUUCUGGUUCUCAACUUUCUGUAGAAAAUGAGACCUGGGUUCUGAAAUGGAUAUCAAAAAGUUGUCAUGAAAUUUUGAAUAAUCUGCCAACAAAAGUCGAGGAAGAUCAUUUGCUGUUAUCUACCAUUGACAAAAUUCAAAAUUUGUACAACCCUAUGGAGCUGGGGCAGAUGCUGUGCCAAUUUAAAGGUGAGUUUCGUGAUUUCUUGGAAGCCAGUAGUAUUGGAAAAGGUAAAAAUGGCGAUGAGUUGAUGUUAUCUAGUAAAACCAAACAGGCCAUAGAACGGUGGAAAUUAGCAGUUCAGUGGAGGUUCAGGUACAAGAAAAUUGUAGUUGAUUGCAUUUCUAGUUGUACUGAGAUCAUCAAUUCUUUCUAUAGUCAACAUGUCUCAGUUGGAAGAACUAAAUAAUGCAGUAGUUAUCUUUUUUUUUGCUAAUUUUAUUCUCUAAUUUGUUGCUUCUUUCUCUUUUCCCCCCUUUUUCUAUUUUUGAGAGCUAUUGGGUUGCCAAAUUUUCA